ACUGGAAUGGUUUUAGUCAAUUUGCUCAUCUCUGGUGUGCAGUUAAUUCUUUUGGAUCGACAUCGUUGCGGCGUGCUCUUCGUUCUAACUUUUGUCUGGAGAACCUCAUUUUUAUUCAGAAUGGAUGCACCACAGGAAGGACAUGUAGACGCCGAGUCGUGCAAUGAAGUCGACGAUGAUAAGUCAAACUCCGACUGUCAAUCAAUGCCGGCAUAUAUGAAUUCAGUGUUACGACGACAGUUUUUGCAAGAAAUGGUGAAAUCGUUGCCCGAGAGUGUCCAGAAACGGAUCAUUGUUCUCAAGAAUAUGCAGUUGGAUCAGUUGCAAAUUGAAGCGAAAUUUUUCGAGGAAGUUUACAAUUUGGAGAAAAAGUAUCAGUUGAGCUAUCAACCCCUUUUGGACAAGCGCAGAGAGAUCAUUACCGGCAAACUAGAGCCUGCGGAAGAGAAACCAAAGUGGAAGGAACCAGAAGCUUCACCCAUCGAAGGAGAUGCCAGUGAUGCAUUCCGCGAAUCUCUUAAGAGUAUAAAAGCAAUGCCCCAGGAUGUAGCUGGAAUACCAGAUUUCUGGCUUACAGUGUUUAGAAACACAGGAAUGCUGUCUGAAAUGGUGCAGCCUCACGAUGAGCCGGCUAUUCGCCACCUUACCGACAUUACAAUUAAAUACGAUGAUGAACAUUCUUAUACUUUGGCUUUUCAUUUUGAUAAAAACGAAUUCUUUUCGAAUUCUGUACUAACGAAGCAAUACUUCCUUAAGUCGACGGUCGAUCUUGAAGACCCAUUUGCCUUCGAAGGUCCGGAAAUUUAUAAAUGCAAAGGUUGCGUUAUUAAUUGGGAGAAGAAAAUGAACUUGACUGUUAAGACGAUUCGCAAGAAACAGAAGCACAAGGAGCGCGGUGCUGUGCGCACCAUCGUUAAACAAGUUCCCACAGACUCGUUUUUCAAUUUCUUUAAUCCACCAGAAGUAUCGGAAGAUAAGGAAGACAUCGAUGAUGAGUCACAGCAAAUUUUGGCCACUGAUUUCGAAAUCGGUCACUUCUUACGGGCUAGAAUUAUUCCAAAAGCUGUGCUUUAUUUCACGGGCGACAUUGUUGAUGACGAGGAUGAUGAAGACGAAGAGGAGUUCGAAAACGAAGAAGACGAGUAUGAUGACGAUGAAAAUGAGGGUCAAACCAAGUCCAGCAAAAAACAGUCUCCAAAUGAUUGUCCCAAUCAGUAGAACAUAACGAAAAUAAUGAAUAUUCAACUGUAAGAGUUGUGUAUAAUAAGUACAUUAAAAUAUAUUUUUGGUGAAUU